AUGGCGCCACCGUUGCUGUCGUUAAAAUGCGGCUUACACUUCCAUAGACGAAAACUGGCAAUUCUCCUGCAAAAGUCGAGCUCGUACCACGUUUGGAGUAAAAGUCAGGGCGAGGACGUCUGGAGGUUCACGACCCAAAGUUCUUACCCGCUGAGUACCCUGCCACACUCCCGAAGAAGUGUAUGGGCUGCAAACAUAACUGAAAAGAGUCGUCGGAUUUUGGAGGCAGCAGAUCAUUUACAGGCAACGGACAAACGAACAUGCUGGCACGGGAAUGCAGGAGGAGGUCUCAGUGCAGACCCCAAAAAUGUGCUGAAAGAGGUGAACUCAGCUACAAUCCUGUCUGCCAUGCUCUCUUAUGUGUGGCCGAAGGACAGACCGGAUCUACGGGCCCGUGUUGGCAUCUCGCUGGGCCUGCUAGCUGCAGCCAAGAUCACCAAUGUGACCGUGCCCUUCAUGUUUAAGUAUGCAGUGGACGAGCUUAACCAGAUGUCGGGACACAUGCUGAACCUGAACGAUGCACCAAGCACUGUGGCUACCAUGGCAACGGCAAUGUUGAUUGGCUAUGGUCUGUCACGGGCGUGUGCAGCCCUCUUCAACGAGCUUCGGAACAUGGUGUUCGGCAAGGUGGCCCAGAGCUCUAUUCGGCGCAUUGCCAAAAAUGUCUUCCUCCACUUGCAUAGUCUGGAUCUGGGCUUCCAUCUGAGCCGCCAGACGGGAGCACUAUCCAAGGCCAUCGACCGUGGUACUCGAGGCAUCUCAUUUGUCCUAAGCGCCCUCAUCUUCAAUCUGGGCCCCACGAUCUUUGAGAUGGGACUUGUUAGUGCCAUCCUGUUCUACAAAUGUGGCGGAGUGUUCACGGCCGUAGCUUUGGGUACAUUAUCCACGUACACCGUUUUCACCAUCCUUGUGACACAGUGGAGAACUCGUUUCCGCAUAGAAAUGAACAAAGCAGACAACGAAGCAGGCAAUGCAGCUAUCGACUCUCUCCUUAACUACGAGACUGUUAAGUACUUCAACAACGAGAAGUAUGAAGCCCAACGGUACGAUGGCUUCUUGAAAAGCUACGAGUCAUCCUCGUUAAAAACCACAUCUACGCUCGCAAUGCUCAACUUUGGCCAGAGUGCCAUCUUCAGUGUCGGCCUCACCGGCAUUAUGAUGCUGGCCAGCAAGGGCAUUGAAGCAGGCACAAUGACGGUUGGCGACCUGGUGAUGGUAAACGGCCUGCUCUUCCAGCUCUCCCUCCCUCUAAAUUUCCUGGGCACGGUGUACAGAGAGACGCGGCAGGCUCUUAUAGACAUGAACACGCUUUUCACGCUGCUCAGUAUCGACACCAAGAUCAAGGAGAAGGAUCUGGCUCCACCUUUAAGCAUCACACCACAGGAGUCCACCAUUCGCUUUGAGGAUGUAUAUUUUGAGUACCUGGAAGGCCAAAAAGUCCUGAACGGAGUGACCUUUGAGGUGCCUGCUGGGAAGAAGGUGGCCAUAGUCGGUGGCAGUGGUUCUGGGAAGAGCACAAUUGUGCGGCUGUUGUUCCGCUUCUAUGAACCCCAGCGGGGGAACAUCUACAUUGGCGGGCAAAACAUCAGGGAUGUCAGCCUCGAGAGCUUGAGGAAGGCUAUGGGUGUUGUACCACAGGAUGCUGUUCUGUUCCACAACACCAUCUUCUACAACUUGCAGUACGGGAACAUCAACGCUACACCAGAGGAUGUUUACCAAGUAGCUCGUCUUGCUGGCAUUCAUGACGCGAUCCUCAGGAUGCCACACGGUUAUGACACGCAAGUUGGGGAGCGAGGCCUCAAGCUGUCGGGUGGGGAGAAGCAGCGUGUCGCCAUUGCUCGCGCAAUACUGAAGAAUCCGCCCAUUCUCCUGUACGACGAGGCCACAUCAUCUCUGGACUCCAUCACAGAAGAGGCCAUCCUGAGUGCAAUGAAGGAGAUGGUCAAAGACAGGACGUCAGUGUUCAUCGCUCACAGGCUUUCCACAGUUGUAGAUGCCGACGAGAUCAUUGUGCUUAGUGAGGGAAGAGUGAAAGAGCGCGGCAACCACGAAACCCUCCUCGGCACGGCGGGCAGCUUGUACGCCGACCUGUGGAACACCCAGAACAGCAGAAUCCUGAACGGCAUCAACAGCGCCAGCCAGCCGCGGCCCGACCCCCUCUCCCAGAAGGAGGAGGAGAGGAAGAAACUGCAGGAGGAGAUCCUCAACAGUGUGAAGGGUUGUGGGAACUGCUCCUGCUGAGAGAAGCUGUCACCUCCGAGUGUCAUUACCACCCCGCACAGAUGGUGGAAGCUGGAGUCCCCAGUCUAUGUGGUAUUUGAGGGAGGCCAAAAUGGGGGGCGGGGGCCCAUUAUGCAUCCUAACCAUGCCUCCAGGGGCGCGGCCAUGCUUCCUUUUCCUCCCACUUCUCCUCCUCUGAAUAAAUGCUCUCGCCGGCCAAGUUGAGGAGGAGCGUAGCAGAUACUGGACGGUCUCCAAAGCUUCUAUAUGUCAGUUUCCUCAGCUGAAGCCAAGAAUGAGAGACCUUGCAUAUCACAUACGUGCACGCUAGACAUCUGACAAACAACAUGGUCACAUCCACUUCCUCGUCUUCGCUUCGCAUCCUUUGGGGCUUAUUCACAUCUUUCUCUGCACUGGGAAAACAGUGGCGAUUACACGUAUGGAUGUACAUAUGAUCUCCAUACUGACUCAAUAUGUAGGGCCUGAUUUGAAAGAGGUUUUACAUUACUGGUAAUUUUGCUCUUUUUUUUUUUUUAAAUAAGUGUGUGUACAUAGAUAUAUUUCUAUGUGUUGACAAUCCAAACUAAUUUUAUUUCCUGUGUUUGUCUUUCUUCACAUUGACACUUCAAAUGUCACAGUCUUGAGUGAAAUACUUAAUUGUUGCAAUUGUCCCCAUUGAAUUCAUCGACUAUAGGUGAAUGUUUGGAGUUGCGAGGGCACAAAAGUGUCUCCCGAGUGAAUUAGCAGAAUGUCACGGCUGCAUUGGUGUAAAAAUAACACCGCAGGAACGCGAGGAGAGCGACUUAUAAAUGAUGAAUGUUUUUUACCACAGCGUGCGCCACGUUCCAAGGAUUCCUUUGGGAACAUUUUGCAGUAAUAUCCUUUAGCCUUGAUGCAGUUAUUGUGACGAGAGUCGUCUUUAUUCUAACUGCAGUUAAAUGUGCAUAUUGAUCAGAAAGCAUUGACGCUUUUGCCUCGGUGUUAACGUUUAAAAACUGACGUGUACAUCCUACGUUUGCGAGGAGUGCUUUGUUGCUGUUGGUGCACACUGUUUGAAUCCCCCCCGGUAUUGUUUAUAUUAAUAAAAAUCGUGACGUUCUA